AUGGACCCAGGCAAGUCCACGGGGGCAACAAGUGGGACGCUUUCAGCCGUGCUUGUUUUGAAGGACGGUACCGACAAGGUGUUUAACCUGCACGGGUUCCGAGUGUGUGGAGCGCGCAACUGUAAGCAGCUUUUUUGUGGUCGUCUGGGGCGUUGUCCUUUCCACGCUGCGCAGUUUCUUGCUGCAGACGACUGGCAACGUGACCAGCUGGACUUGAGCGAGCCGCGGGCGGCACAAGGACCAGAAGCUGUUGAUGCGGUUGCUGUUGCGCCACGUGAGCAGCUGGUGUGCCGUUCUGGCGCAACAGCGAGUACAGCGGUCGGAACUCUACGUCAAAGCGACAAAGGCGAGCUCGCCGGUGCCCCCGGGUCCCGGGGCAGCGCUGCGGAAACAUCUGCGCGGCCGACAGUCGGCGAAUAUAGCUUAUCGCAAGGGCGAGGUGCCGACUACUUGUCAGAGGACGCACGUAGGUGCGCGCUGAAGAGCGGGGCAGCAGUCAUUUUGAUCGCAGGUGGCAGAGAAGGACGCGAGGAGGAGCUCUGCGGACCGGCGGCGCUGCGCUUCUGGGAAGCGUGGCGGGCAACGAGCCACGCUGAACCGUCUCUAAAGCGGGCUCGUUUUAAACGAGCAUGGAGCUUGCAAGAGCACGCUCGGUUUCUCGAGGCUCUACGCAUCUAUGGUAAGGGGAAAUGGAAGGAUAUCGCCGCGUACGUGGGUACCCGCAGCGCAGCCCAGUGUCAGAGCCACGCGCAAAAGUUUUAUGAUCGUGCGUUCGUGCAGCUGGGGUCUCAAACAGAUAGCGGUGCUUCGUGCCUCGGAACGACGCUGUGCGCUCCGUCGAGGACCUCUCGCAAACGAAGCAUUCACGACAUGCGCGAUCCGCACGCGAUCCACCUGGAGCUGGCCCGUCAGCGGCAGGCUCAGCAGCAUCGAGCAGAGCGGGAUGCUCGGCGGACAGCAGCGCAGCGGAGGAAACUGCUGGACGCCGAGGCAACCCGCAUGGAGGCGCAGCUGCGUUCGCACCUGGACGCAUUCGUUAGGGAGCACGCCGAGCAGCUGCCCACGAAAAGAAUCGCAUCAAACAUGCGUCGCAGUGUCCAAAAAUGUAUACAGGACUGGAAACAUAAGCAUCUAGAGGAGGCAUCGGAGACUGCAACCGCCAGAGAGGAGUCGUCUGUUGUGGAUGCUGCCUCUGACGAUGAACUCGUUCCGCUCGUUUUCAUGGUACCCGAGGAGGCGAUGCCAGCAGGUUCUCAUGUGGUACUGCUGCGAAAACCGAUUGUUUUGAAACAAAGCUCCCCGUCUACAAACGUUGCAGCCGAGUCAUCGUCGCUGCCGUUUCCCUGA